AUGUCUAAGAACUCGGAGUUCAUCAAUCUCUCAUUUUUAUUAGAUCAUGAGAAGGAAAUGAUCCUGGGAGUCUUAAAGAGAGAUGAAUAUUUGAAAAAAGUCGAGGAGAAGAGAAUAAGGAAGCUUAAAAAUGAACUCUUAGAAGCAAAACGUAGAAGUGGGAAGACUCAACAAGAGACAAACAGAGUCUGUGCUCACUGUCAAAAAAACCUGGGCUUAAUAUUUGACCGGGGAGACCCAUGCCAGGCUUGCUCCCUGAGAGUGUGCAGUGAGUGUCGGAUGUCGGGCUCUGAUGGCAGCUGGAAGUGCACUGUCUGUGCCAAAGUCGCGCAACUAAAGAUUGUAACUGGCGAGUGGUUUUUUGAAGAAAAAUCAAAACGUUUCAAGCAAGCGAAUGUUCUAGGCACAGAUGUUGUCCGACAGUCCAUCUUAAGAAGAAAUCCAGUAGCUGAAGAAAUACAAAGCCAAGAGAAAAACCACCAGGAUGCACAAAAGUCAAACACUUCACCUUCUGCUGGGCAGAAGGCCAGCCAUGACGGGCCCAGAAGAAAGGGAUUUCUUCUUAGCAAGUUCAGAUCAGCAACCAGAGGAGAAAUCAUCAUAACACCAAAAACUGAAAGUGGGCGGAGUUCCAGCGUGGACUUAGAUAGCCAAAAUUUUCGGUAUUUAAAGUCAACCCCCAGUUCAGACAGAGGAAGCACUGGCUCAUCAGAUCUUAAUGGCCAGGAAGUUGGUCCUGGGACCCCAAAGAGCAGCCAGAGCAGUGGUAUUACCUCAGUCACUCAGAGGUCACCAGCUCCAAGCACACCCAGUGUAACCUCAGUCAGCAGUAAAGAGCAUGGUUUUGAAAAUCCUUUGGAUCUGGCUGCCACUGAAGGCCCCUCUGGGGAUCUCACAAAAAAUCAUCGCAGAAACAUUUCUGGCACACCUUCCAUAGCAUUGUCUGGGGCCUCCCUUUCCUCAGACCGAAGUCAAUCCGAGUUAGAUUUGAGUGGGUCAUUUACAGAAGACUUAGAGGAUACUGUAAAUUUAAGAAGCAAGUCUGUCCCUGGGGCUUUAGACAAAGAUGACUCCUUGGAAGAGACUGAAGAAGGCAUUGAUGACUUAGUGUCCUCCAGGUUUUCUGCAAAUACCCACAGCCUAGCAAGUGGCCUGUCACCAAAUUCUCAAGCAGGAUCUGACAGGAAGUGGACCUACCUAAAUGUGCCUGAUGCUGACUCAGACACUAGCAGCCUUAACAGCAUGAUGAGUGUUUACAGUGAAACAGGAGACUAUGGCAAUGUGAGGGUCAGCGGUGAAAUCCUUCUCCAUAUCAGCUACUGCUACAAAACUGGCGGGCUCUACAUUGUUGUCAAGAAUUGCAGAAAUCUGGCUAUAGGAGAUGAAAAGAAACAGAGGACAGAUGCUUAUGUCAAGUCAUACCUCCUUCCUGACAAGUCUAGAAACAAUAAGCGCAAGACCAAAAUCAGAACAGGCACCAAUCCAGAAUUCAAUGAAACACUAAAGUACACCAUCAGCCAUAGCCAACUGGAAACAAGAACUCUGCAGCUCUCGGUCUGGCAUUAUGAUCGAUUUGGACAUAACAGUUUCCUUGGGGAAGUGGAGAUUCCUUUUGACUCAUGGAACUUUGAAAAUCCAAGUGAUGAGUGGUUUGUGCUACAGCCCAAGGUGGAAUUAUCUUCUGACAUUGGCCUUCAAUACAAAGGAGAACUGACAGUUGUUUUACGUUACAUUCCCCCAGAUGAGAACCUGAUGUUUCCAACAGGACAAUGUCAAGGAAAGAAGUCCUUUAAAAGGGGAAAGAAGGAUCCACCUAUGCUUUCUGGAGGAAUACUAGAAGUGUUCAUCAAAGAGGCAAAGAAUUUGACAGCGGUGAAGUCAGGAGGCACUUCUGAUAGCUUUGUUAAGGGCUAUCUGCUCCCUGAUGAUAGCAAAGCCACCAAGCACAAAACUCUGGUAAUAAAAAAAAGUGUUAACCCUCAGUGGAAUCACACUUUCUUCUUCAGUGGCCUGCAUCCCCAGGAUAUAAAGAAUGUUUGCCUAGAACUUACCAUCUGGGACAAGGAGGCCUUUUCCAGCAACAUCUUUCUGGGGGGAGUUCGUCUGAAUAUUGGAAGCGGUGUGAGCCAUGGAAAGAAUGUGGAUUGGAUGGACUCUCAAGGGGAAGAGCAACGCCUUUGGCAAAAGAUGGCUGACAAUCCUGGGACUCCUGUAGAGGGUAUACUCAUGCUCCGUUCCAGCAUGGGGAAGUGUCGGCUCUGA